AUGGGCGUAAAAAAUAAAGCAGACUCAAUAAAUAAUCUUAACAGUGAUGUAACUGUCGUUACCUCCACUUCUAAGAAAAUUAUAAAAAAAGACAAGAAGAAGCUUGCAUCCAAAAAAAGGAAUAAUAAUAGCAUGAAAAAAAAUAGCAAUAAAAAGGCAUCAUUGCACACCACGAUUACUAAUCGCCCCAAAAAAAUCAUCAAGCUGUUGACCAAAGAAACUAACUACUCUAUCUGUAUACCGAUUGAUAUUAUUGAUUCCUGUAAGAAUUUGGAUCAAAUAACUGAUACAUUGUAUCAAGUAGCCAGAUGUUGUACAAUUUACAACAUUGCAGAGAUUAUCAUAUUGAAAACAACCAACUCUGAAACAACAGAUACCGAGAAUAAAAAUGUUUCUAAGGAAAUGUUGAUUGCAUCGAUCUUACAGUAUUUCGUUACACCACCAUAUUUGAUCAAAUCUGUGUUUAAGAAAAAAUAUUUACCCUAUUUUAAAUAUGCAGAAAAGUUACCCAGAUUGAAUGCGUUACCUUUUAUGAGAUAUCUAAACAUGGACAAUGGUAGGUAUAGGGAAGGAUUAGCUGUAAGAAUGAAACACCCGAAUAUUGGUAAUUCUACCGCGGGUAAAAAAAAAAAGUAUGAUCAAACCAAAUAUAUCCAAGUUGGUAAGAAUGAACUAUUGGAAUUGAAAACACAAUUAGUCCCUAUCAAUGUAAGGGUUACAGUUGAUAUGAUUGAGAAAAAAGUUGUUUCACCGCAAGAGGCAUAUGGCGAUUUUGUUGGAUUAAAAAAUACUUAUGGGUAUUACGUUAGAGUGGCAUCUAGAUUUAGUGAUUUAUUUUUGGAUAAAAAUUCACCAAGCUAUACGCAGACUGUUUGGUGUAACAGCGGAGAUUUUUAUUUUGAUGAGCAUUCAAAGAAAUACUUAAAGAUACAAACAAAGAUACCACAGUUCAAUGGGGUUGUUGUGCAAGAAGAAGAAGAAGACAAAGAACAGCAGGAUGGUAUACCCUCUUCGCAUCUUUUGGUAGUUUUUGGGAAAUGGACUAGUUUGAUGAAAUCUUUUGAACGAGUUAAAAACGAAUUUGAAGGUUGUGACGGUGUUUAUCAGUUCUUUGAUGGUGAGCUAGCGUUGCCCGUUAUUACGCCGUUGGGCAAUCUUAGAAUAGAAGAUGCUACAAUGAUAGCACUAACUAUUUUGUCCGGUGGUAAUCGGAUUUGA